AUGUCACGUCUCCAGGUGGCUUUGGGUCUUGGUGCCCUCCUCAGAGUGGCUCUACCUGUUUGUAUCCCCAGCAUCACCGAGUCUCUUUCAAAUACCGUGGAAAUCUCCACUCCCAUAACAUCUUUCAAAGCCAUCAAAGAAGCUUUUUACUAUUUGGAUCAUGGCAUUGAUCUUUAUGAUGGAGGUAUAGUACAUCACCCGCCACUCUUGGUGGUUCUAUUGUCGUUGGUAAAUGACUAUGUGCCGUCGGCAUUGACUCAAUUGGCAUUUAGCGUGAUUUACACCGCCAUUGACUUGUGGAUUACUAACCGAUUGAUCCUCUUGAAUAGGUGGUAUAAUGCAAGGGAAAAGGAAAACUACGAAAAAAAAAGCAAAGACAAAAGCAAAUUGAAGGACGAAACCACUUUGGACCGCUCUUUUGACGGAGUGGCUGAUUAUAUGAUCGCCAGCGUUUUCCUCUUUAAUCCGCUCCUUCUUCUCACCACAUUAUCGUUUUCAACCAUCAAUUUCACCUUUUUGUUUGUCAUCGAGGCGGUAAGUCAAAUUACAUUAAAUCGAAACUACGCUAGAGCAGUCAUUGCAUUGGCUUUAGCCACAUACUUAUCUUGGAGUCCGGUUUUCCUCAUUGUACCACUCUUGGCACUUGGCCAUUCCGAAAAUGUUGCUCCUCUUGCAGAGUUGUACGCUCAAGGUAGUGGAAUUUUCAUAACUCUGUGUGGGCUCUUGUUGCUCACGUCAUUUGCACUCACCGCCUCAUUUGGGUUUGUCGAACAAUGCUACGGUACAAUCAUUUUCUUUCUGAAAAUCGUGCCCAAUGUGGGUCUUUGGUGGUACAUUUUUACCGAAAUGUUCAAUUUUUUCACUCCAUUUUAUCUUGGCGUAUUCAACUUGUACUCGGCUAUCUUUAUCGUCCCUAUAAGUGUUCGGUUCUUCAGAAGAGGUGGUUCGGGUGACCCCUUCUUAGCAUAUUGGCUCUCAUACUUGUGGCUAUCGUUCACAAAAAUCUUACCCUGGAAUCGCCGACCUUGGCCUUAUGUUAUCCAUUCUUCCCAUUUUUUACAACACAGCCCUUCCUCACUGCAAAUUUUUGGUUGUUACCGCCUUGACAUUGAUUGUGUGUCUCGUAUUAUCACCUAUCUUUUACCAUUGCUGGAUAGUGUUGGGAAAUGGUAA